CGCUGGUUGUUGUGGAGAAGUGCUACGUUGGGUGUUUAUAUUACUUAUACAAAGAAAUCUUCCUCAGUCGUGUUGAUAUAUCAAAACGAAGAGAAUUUUGACUCAUAGACUUUCAGACAAAAUGAAGUCGUACCUGGUUGUUUUCCUGCUUCUUGCUUCUUUUAAUACCAUUCAUGGGACUGAAUUUGAUCAUUACGUUUUUGCUCAACAAUGGUCUGGUGUAUUUUGUGAAGUGAACGAUUACUGCCUCCGUAAACUUACAACUCGGAAUACUUGGACAAUUCAUGGUUUAUGGCCUUCAGAUUCAGAUGGCUCAAGCCCACAAUUUUGCCCAAGAGGAGCUCCUUUUGAUUUCAAUAAAAUAAAGAGUAUGGAGAGUCAGUUGAAUGAGAAGUGGCCAAGUUACUCCUCACCAUCUAAAGAAUUUUGGAAGCAUGAGUGGAAGAAGCAUGGUAAAUGUGCCGCAAGGCAAGGAAUGAUGAUUCCAGAGUCUACUUACUUCAAAAAAGCCCUUGAUUUGAACAACCAACUCGACAUUUUCCGAGCUCUGAAGAAAAGUAACAUUGUUCCAUCGUAUGAUAAAUUGUACAAGGUAUCUGACAUAAAACAAGCUUUGGAAAGGGCAUAUGGUGUCACAGUUAACCUGAGUUGCAAGACGAAAGAUAAAAAGGCCUACAUUACUGAAAGUAGGAUUUGCUUGGACUUGAACUUUCGACCAAUCAACUGCCAUAGACCAUAUGGGAACUGUAAGCGAAGUGGCCAAGUGAAAUACCUUCCCAGUGGAAGCCGAAGUAUGCACGCUCUGCAUCUUGGAAGCAUUCAGCCUCUUCUUUUUGCACUUCUUUUUCUUCUUGUCCCUUUCUGGCUAUCAUGAGCUAUCAGGAUGUAACGAUGUCUGGCAACCAAACGAUAGUCUUUAAAUUAAUAUAUUAUUUUUUCAAUGUUUCAUCUUUCAGUUUGCAUUUCUAGCGAGAGAUUUAAUCGUUGCAGUCCAAUGACUGAAACAGGUUAUCUUGUGCUUUAAGCAUUUCAUGACAAUACUUAAUAUAAAAUAUAUCUUUGUUCUUUGUGCUUCUAAUAAUUUCGAAAAUAGUCAAGAAUUUGGUUGUAUUUAAUAUAAUAAUUAACUUUUAUUUGAUUUCUAUAUUAAAUUAGUGUUAGCUAAUGUUUGGAGCAUAACAUAAGGAAAGAUUCUUGCAUAAAAUUCUAAUGGAGAACUUAAUUUAAGCCUGGAAAUAUACUUAAUAUUUAAAUUAGGUAUAUUUCCAGAUUAAUUUAAAUCUGGAUACUAAGGAAAUUGAUGCUUUUUAUAUCAAAGAACCAGAAAUUGUCUCAAGUGAUUUGGUUUGAUUAGCAAAUUUGCUCACAUUCGUUAUCUUUUCUUAAUUACAUGUCUUUUAUUUGAGCUCCGGCAGAGUUCAAUUAAUUCCAGCUAAAGUUUGAAAAAAAUUUUUUUAAAUAAAUAUAUAAAUAAAUAAAAAAAGAAGCAAUGCUCCCCGUGACCUUUGCAGUUUGUUGCCGUGUAAGAACUAUGUAAACAAAUUCUGUAAAUGGAUAUUGGUCAUGUGACAAAUUCUGUAAAUGUGGAAACAUUGUGAAUAAAGCAUUUUCAAUUAAUUAUACA